CCUCAACGUCAGAGAGCAUGCAUCCAUGUGCGGAUGAUUCAGAUUCGUGAUUGCUUCUGACCGCUGAUGACGUUCGCAGCCGAACAGCCUCUCACCCUCGCACAGCUCGUAGCACUCGCCACUCAUGACCGCAUAUAUGCUGAUCAUCAACUCGUCCCCGCCCAUCUUGUAGCUGCUUCUUGGCCUCCCUCCUCCUCCUCGCGCCUAACAGAGCUGAAUAAGCUCAGCUCACCGUCUGCGCACGCACGCACCGCACACACGCACGCUCACAGCACUUUGUCGACGCUCAGCAGAACUCCUUGCUUCAGACCUCGGAGCUCCGCACGGCUGCCAUCACCGAAAUCGUCCCCCACCCACGGCUCACCACCAAAAUCGUCACACAUACACACCCCCCUCCGCUUCUGGCUGCACUGCCUGCGCCAUGCACUUUGCUCGUCACCCUUCGCUGCACCACAAGCCGACGGCUUGUCGAACUGCCGAUAGCCCAACAUCUCGUCGAAGUAGGGAGCGGGAUGCAGCUCGAUCGGAUGAUGAAACCCCUUCGCCCAUCACCUC